AUGAAUAUGGAUUCGUUGGAUUCAGAAUCUGAUCAAGAAAUGAGUGAAUUGGUUACAACAGAUGAGCGUGACAAAAUCAAGCAGGAAAUAUCAAACCUCAGUUUUGAAGAACUGCUCAAAAUGAAGGAAGAGAUGGGGUCAAAGUUGUAUAAUAAAACAUUUCAUGGUGAAGUGAGGAAAACAAGCAAGAGCAUAUUUCAAAGAGCAAAUAAAAAUAGGCCAAGAGAAAUGAGUUCAAAGAUACGACCCAAAGGUGCACCUGUUAUUCCACAUAUUAUUAUACCUCAAGCAAAGAAGGUUGCUUCCAGAGAUCCAAGGUUUGAUCCACUCUGUGGUCAAUUUGAGGAGAAAGAAUUCAAGUCCAACUAUAAAUUUUUGAAUGAUAUGAGAAUAAAAGAAAAAGAACAUUUGCAAAUUGAAUUGAAAAAUUGUAGCAAUCCUGAACAUGUUAAGACCAUAAAAAUGUUGAUACAAAGGACAACUAAUCAAAUAAGGGAACAGGAGAAACGGGAGAAGGAGCAGAACCAGAAGUAUGAAGAGAGAAAGGAAUUCAGGGAAAAAUUAAAGAAUGGAGAACAUCCCAGAUACAAGAAGAAAUCUGUUCAAAAAUUGGAGAAUUUAGUUCAACAAUAUGAAACUCUGAAGAAAACCAAUAAACUACAAAAGCAUAUUGAGAAGAGAUCUAAAAAAAUUGCAAAUAAACAUAGACACCAAAUGAACCAAUCAGAUAAUGAGAUGUUAUAA